UGUAUUGAUAUGUUAACGAGCAUUAUUGUUUUCGGCUACCACCAUUUCUACCUGUGUUUUGUUAUAUCGAAUAUAACCAAUGAACACGCUUAACAAGUAAAGCCGCUUCUACCGGCAACACCAGACUUUUAUUUGGACCGUUUGAACAGCCUUCGUCAGUCAGCAAAAAGUUUAUAAAUAACAGCUUUGUGGAGUGAGCUGCGUCUUCCCGUCCAGCUCCGCUCUCCGCCCCCGCGGAUCGUUCCAAAUUCCUCGGUGCAGGCAUCAGGUUCCUGGGGGAAUGGGCGGAGAGUCGGCCGUAAAUCCUGCUGCAGAACGCGAAGUGACGGAGUCGGAAACGUGUUACUGCCCCCAAAACAUACAAGGGGCUUUUUGGAGUUUCGCAAAGGCUGAAGUUAAUUUAGGAAUGACGAUGGAUUCGUUGCCGGGGUGAUCCGGGGGCCGUUCAGCCUUUCCUGGAAGUAGGAUCGAGCCCUCGCUUCUUCUGGAGCUUUCGGGAGGUCAGAUGGCAGACCGGCGGAGUGGUGCGGCCGGGGCGCCCGAUCAAGGCAGGACGACGGCGGCCCGAGCGGCUGCUAUAGCCGAACUUUUGCUUCUGGAGAUCUCCAAUUUACUGGAACUUUAUAGCAAGCGGGAGACCUUCACUGCUGAUGUCAUAGCUGGGGACAGUCGUUUGGUGUCCGUACCUCCUCCGUCCUCCCAGCUGGACACCCCGGACAAGCUAUGGCGCUUGCACGCGGCCCUGAUCCAGUGCCGAGGCCUAAUGGAGAGAGCCAUUGCCAAAGAGGAUGAAGAGAUGGGCAGUGGGACGGGGGAGUACGAGACCCUGAGGAAAAUGGUGAAGGAGAGGCUCUCGUUUCUCAUAAACAUGACUGGAGAACUUGUCAAAGCUGUAGACGGCCCGGCGAUGAUGAUGCCAAGUUUGAAUGACAGCGUAGAGCCGGACAGCCUGACCCUUUUUGAGCUGAAGCUGUGGGUGUUCCGCGUCUUCACAGAAGUGGACUACUGGGCCAAGACGGCAGUCACCAUCUUGCAAGCGCUCCCUAAAGAGCGAGUCAGGACCACUCGCCAUCGGAGUACCAGAAGCUCUCGCAGAUGAGCUUGCAUCGUCGCGAGAGAGCAGUGUUUACAGACAGCGAAAAGGUCGGUGCUCAUGGACAGUCUGCGGCUGGAUGGAUGCAUGGCUUGAGGAGCCGACGAUCAGAAGAAAGGGAGCGUCAGCACAGAGCACCGAUGCGUAUUUGGAACUGGGAGUCGCGGCUUGGAAUUGAAGCGGAUUUACAUGGGACAGGAGACGAGAGCCAAUCUCUUUUUCAUUAAUGGAUGCUAGAGCUUCUUGUUGUUUUCAAGCUUAGCUUGUAGCAGACGUGUGCACAUUUCAGCAUGCCGUCUUUGAUCCACUGAUUAAAAGGACACUUUUGAUUCACUCCUCAUUCGUCUAUUACGGCUUCAAACAACAAAGUGAAUGGAGUAAAAGAUGGCACGACUGUCUGUUUUAUGUGUUUUGUUGUAUUAUUUUGUCAUUUUAUGUUAAGUAUUCUUUUGAUAGCGGCGCGGGCACCCGCAGCGGCUCCUCUUGUUGUCUGUUUUCUGUUUAAGAGGGAGGAAAUUUCAUCUGUGCUGUAUGUUGCAAAUGUGUUGCACAUACAGCACAUUUGACAAUAAAAAUGUACUUGACUUGACAAGAAAUAAUGAAGUAAAGUACAGGUACAUCCAAUUUUUAGUAUAGUGGCAAAAUAUUUGUACAAUUUUACGGUUCGAAAGGUUAUUGCUGGUGCAUAUUCCAGUUCUGAAGGUAAUUCCCAGCAGGGUUGGGGUUUGGUGUUUGCUUUCGUAGUUUCGCCCACCGAGGCCUACAAACUGAACUGUUGAUAUCUUGUCACAUAUUCAUCUUGAAUAUUCACCAAUCAAACCCAAAUGUUUUCAGUCUAUAGCAAAAGUGAAUUGAUCCUACUGUUACAGUACUUUUUGGAGUGGACACAGGCCCGCCCUUUAUUGAACCCCUUUCCACAAGU